AUGUCGUCCUCCGGCCUCGAUCCCAAGGGCCCUUCGCAGCCCAACUUGGACGCAGCAUACACGACUGCCGGCAACCCUGCCACCAAAGAGCCCGCAGAACAAGCCCAAGCAAACCAGCAAGAUGACUCUCCUGCGAUGUAUGUCCUAAACCGUGUCCAUCUCUUUCGUUGCCACCCACUAACUCAUGACAGCGACAAGCGCAUCCCCUCCGAGCAAGCACACUCCCAGUCCGAAGCUACCCCGACCUCAGUAGCCCGUGGGAUUCGUGGUGCCCCGCCAGGCGAAGAGGCCAAGGGUGAGACGCACGAGUCCGUUGGCAGAAACCAAGAACUCGACGGACAACAGAUGGCUGCUCCCGGUGAAGGAAAGGUCGCCGAUGUUGUCGACAGAAAGCCAGGAGCCACUGGAGGAGCACCUGAUCUAGCGUCUGAUCUGGACCGCAAGAAGGAGGAGCAGAAAGAGGCCAGAGAGGACAUCAAGGCACAGAAGAAGGAAGAAGUCGACGUUGCCGGUGUGCUGGGUCAACGAGGAGGUCCUGCCAACCCUGUUGACAAGGGCGGUUACCCAAACUCCGAUUAUAAGUAA